UACACACUUUAUCAUAACAAAAUGAAUCAAAAUUUUUGAGAUUACUUGUCUUAUUUUAUGACAAAACAUGUCUGUUGAAAAACCAAACAUCAGUAGGUCUAUCUAACAAGGGAACAUGGAUCAAAUUGACAGCCUGGAGGAUUGGGUAGCCAUAAAAGACAAUCCAUUUUACGUUGACAAGGAUGCAGAGACUCAGAAACUUGGAUUCAUUGUGGCUUGGAAUGAAGUCCACCAAAAAGUUGCAUUGACUUGUAGAAAAACUCAUCGCAGCGCACUUGACAUUGAUUCUGAAGGCUGGUCUGGGCUCUACUCAUUAAAUCAGCUACAAUACAUACAUGAGCAACUUGCUUUAGUACAUCCAAUUCUAGGCAGCUAUUUUCCUGAGAUACCACAAGACAUUGAUGGCCUUUGGGCAUAUUUUGGUCAGCAACAACUUGAAGUUGAUGAUGAUCUGCUCAAUCGGAUACAAAACUACCUCAGAAUAGCUGUUGACAUUUGCGGGCGAAAUUUGGUCAUUUCUACCCUCUUUGAAGAAAAUACAAUUGAGGAUUAUUAUGAAAAUGUCAGUGAGCUUAAACGGCGUAAAUAUGAAGACAGUGUCAGAAAUGCUGAAGAAGAGCUUCGUAGUGUUCUAUUUCUUCGUGACACUACAGUUAACAUGCUUGAUAUGGUAGAUGUGUAUGAUCAAGAAGAUCAAGCUGUAUUCAAGCUUAACAUUACCCUUGCCGAACUCUUCAACUACCAGCUUCGGCCAUUUGUAGACUUACGUGAAGCAGCCAUCAAUAAACUUAAAGAAGCAAAAGCUAAAAUUCAAGAUCCAGGUAUUGGUGAGAGGAUUAAGACUGAGUAUGCAUUGCAACUAAGUGAGUGGCAGAAUCAUUAUUCAGAUGCUGUUGACAUGAUACAAGAGCUCUAUAUGAAAUACUAUGGGAAAACAGUAGGAGUUCUUAAAGGAAUGAGUGAGAGGAUGAAAGCUGACUCUCUUAGGUUUGGACAGAGGUCAUUUGAGGCUGUUGGACAAGACAGAUUAAAAAGAAUCGAGGAAGAGAAAAUGAUGGAAGUCAUACAGAAACACGAGGCCAAGAAACGCUGGACUGAACAUCAACGGGACAAAGUGAAACAGAAGAUAGCCACACUUGAGCCUAGUAAUGAUUUAGAAAAGACAAGCCUGACUGCCCUCGAUCUAGAACAACAAGUCUAUGGCUGGCAAGUGAAGGUUUAUGACAUGGAGCUAUUAAUUCUUAACACGUACGAAAAAAUGGCAAAGCUCCAAAUCACUUCACUAAAAUCAGCAACUGAGAAAGAAGAUGGUUGUUUCUAUGAUGCUGUGGAAGACAUUGAUGAUAUGAGUUCUGAUGAAGAUGACAGAAAACCUGAUGAGCCAAUCAGCUUGCUUCAAACUGAUCUACAGAGUCUGUACAGUAAACGAGCUUCACUUCGCAAUAUACGGAAACGAUUUGUCAAAAAACAUGAGGUCAAAGUUGAAAAGAAAAGAGAGCGAGAGGAAAAAAUAAAAGAACAAGAAAGAGCAGAAAUUCAACACACUGAAGAUGCCAAAAAACAGGAAGAGAGAGAGAAGUUUAUAAAAGAAGAGAGGAGAAAAACAAUUGAAAGGCUUCGUAGAUAUAAAAUGAAAUAUCCGUCAGGGCGCAGUAUACGGCCUGCUUUCCGCAAACCCAAGAGGAAAGUGGCUAGCGAGGACCAGAUGGAUGGAGACAAUUCAGUAGACUAUGCUCCUCAGAGCCUUCUCCCUACAUCAUUGCCUCCAGAUCCCACAGGAGCUGCACCCCCUCCCCAAGGCCCUAUGUGUAAAAUCCCCCCACCUCCUCCUCCCCAAGGCCCUAUGGGUAAAGUUCCCCCACCUCCACCUCCUCCUCCUCCAGGGUUACCCCCUCCUCCACCCCCAUUACCCCCUAGAGGCCUCCCUCCUCCUCCACCCAGACUUACUACCUCUCCCAUGGGAACCCCACACCCACAAUUAAACCCACCCAAAUUUAACACAAGCAAUAAAAAAGUUACAUCUGAUACAGGCCCUCUUGACCUGACAAAUAUUGUAGAUGCCAAGAAUAGACUUAAAGGCUUGAACAAGAGUGAUCAUCCACAGCAGCCACGAGUUGUGAGCCCAAUGUCUGAUGUAUUUGACCUGAUAAAACAGGGAGUGAAGCUACGUAAAGUUGACAGCACAAGUCAUCCAAGCAGCUUGCAGUCCAUCAGUUCACAUACCCAGGUCCUUCAGGAUGUGUUACGAAGGAUACAAAGGCAGACAUCUCCUGAAGAAGAUUCAUCAGAUGAAAACAGUGAUUUUGAUGAUUAACUUCAAUGGAUUAAACAAUAUGAAGUGUGGCUAAUAUAUCUAUAGGUUCUCUCCCAGAAUGCAAUCUUGAUAUGUUGUUAUUGUCUGACAUAUAAGUUGGCAAUGAAUUCAUGAUCAGCAAUCCAAAAGAAUUUAGCUAAUAUCUUGAUCACUUCAUCUGUUUCG